AUGACAUCAUCUGAGGAUGACAGCGAUGGGUGUUCGACGUCGACACGGACGGCGGCUGUGGUUAAUGAGAAACAGUUAGCGGCUACAUACCGACGUUUCUCCCCUAAUGAUGAAGAUAUCGACCCGGGUCUAUUGAAAAAACACUGCUCACACCUCUCCUACACAACCUCCGUUGCGACAUACCCGGCCAUCAGAACAUUUUUCAGUCCGCACCCUCACAUGGACAAACUCCCCUCAAAGCCUUCACCUAUUCCCAUGCUCGUCUUCGUUCACGGCUUAGGCGGCAGUCUCGCGCAAUUUCAUCCGCUUUUGACGAGUCUGUCAAACGUCGGCCCAUGUUUUGGAAUCGAUCUACCUGGUUGCGGAUUGUCCUCGUUCGCUCCCACGAACUGGGAAGCAUACUCGAUUGAAGCCCUGGCGGAACUCAUUGCAGUCGCAAUUGAGGAACAUCGAGAUAAAGCGGCGAAUCAAGGUGUAGUAUUAAUUGCGCACAGUCUCGGGUGUUCCCUGUCUGCACUGUUGGCAUCAUCCAGCACCACAUUAGGCAAAGAGCUGAAGCCGCAUAUCCAAGGUGUCAUUGCCAUCUGUCCCAAAGCAUCACCGCCAAAUGCACAAGAAACAGCACGUGCUCGACAGCUUCUUCAUAUACCAACCCCUAUAUUCAAUUUGUGGCGUCUCUGGGACCGCCGAGGCGGUGUUCAAAGCAAAAGUGUCCUCCGAUUUGUCGGUGGACAAGCCGACCCAGACACAAAGCAGCUACAAAUACGAUUUAACUCACAAAGCCGAAGUGGCGUCUGGAGGAGAAUGGCGUGGGGAAGUCUUCCGGUAUACAACAGCCACGGAGAGGCUGUGGGUGGCAUGCCUGGCCAGGCAGUCUGGGCAAAUGUUCGAGUACCCCUUUUGCUUGUUGCUGGCGAGGCAGAUGCAAUUACCAAAGCUACUGAAGUAGCGAAGAUCGUUCAAUUUAUGGAAGGCUCUGACGUUGAUUCGACUAUGCGGACCGGAUCCCAAGACGCAAUCAUUCCUGAUGCGACGCAGGUGCACGACACUCGAAGCUCUGCAUCUACAGAUCCUCGCGCCGACGAAGAGCUGUACGGACUCGAUGUGUCAGAGAAGCAGCAGCCAGAUAUUCAGUCGUCCAAGGGCAAGGUGGUCAGGACCAGAAUCCUGCCAGCUCCAGCUUCUCACGCCCUUCUAUACGACCGCGCGACCUAUCGCACCCUCGCAGGGUUGAUUCAAGACUUUUUGCAAAAACAUAUCGAUAACCGUCUAAGUCUAGGCUGGCAAUUGCAGCAUCUCAACACUUCUGGCAAGUGGGAUGUCAAGAAUCUCGCCAAAUGGCAGAAAGUGCCCCCCACUUCGACACCCAUAGCCAGCACAUUCAUAGCUAUGAAGAUGCUCCGCGGAGUAGACGAAGUGCACAAUCCAGUUCAUUUCUCGGCACAAUGGGAGAGUAAAAUCUAUGCUGUGAUUGACAUCAGUCACGAGAACCCGGUUUAUGACCCCCAGGAAUUGGAAAAGGGUGGUAUUCACUACCACAAACAUCCCACAGUCUCCAAGAUUCCGCCCACACCCGAUGAAACCAGGGACUUUAUCGGGUUGGUCGAUCAAUUGGAGAAAGAGAUUACCGAGAAGACGGGCAAAGAAGUUGGCGAUCCCACUCGUCCUUUGGUCGGGGUUCAUUGCCACUAUGGCUUCAACAGGACAGGGUUUCUGAUUGUUAGCUAUCUGAUCGAGAGGAAAGGGUAUGGCGUUCAGGACGCCGUUGAUGAAUUCCAACAGUGCCGGCCACCGGGUAUUCGACAUGAUCAUUUCAUUGAUACAUUAUUUGUUCGAUAUUGUGUUGGGCUCAAGAGGAGCACGACGCUGGAGUGA